CUAGAGAGACACGCGCGUGUGUGCGUUGUUGUGUUUACGUGUGUGUGUUUACGUGUGUGUGUUAGCACCUGUUUAAAAACAACAAGGUCGAGUCAAAGUUUACUGUGACGUCACGAACAGCCGUGAGACGUAAAGUUGUUACUGAGCUAACGUGAAGCUAACGCGAAGCUAACCAUAGCUAACGUGAAGCUAACGUGAAGCUAACGAGAAGCUCCACCAGCCGAACAGACAGGUCGCAGGUCGAGUUGAUGAGCGAGGGUGGAACCAGAGCACCGGACUGUUUCCGCUCUCACCCUCGGGACCAUGGCCAACCCACUGAGGGCUGAAGUGGUUCGACUCUAUAAAAACCUCCUCUACCUCGGCCGGGAGUAUCCCAAAGGAGGCGACUACUUCAGAGACCGGCUGAGAUCUGCGUUCACCAAGAACAAGGGGGUCCAGGACCCGGCGCAGAUCCAGGAGAUGAUCGCCCGAGGGGAGUACGUGGCCCGAGAGCUGGAGGCGCUGUACUACCUGAGGAAAUACAGAGCCAUGAAGAAACGCUACUACGAGGAGUAGACCGGCUCAAGAUCAGGUCUCAAAGAGAAAACAUCUGAAAUCUGUUUCAGGAAUAAAACAGCAGCUUCGAGGUUUUAUCGUUUUAUUCCUGUAAAAUCAGCAAUGACAUAAAACAUUUAAAUAAAAGUGUAAAAAAGACAA